AUGAGUGAUCAAAACCCACAACAAGAUAUCUCCUCUUUCUUUUAGAAAUAACAGAAGAAGAACACAACCAAGAAGCAGUAGGACUCAAAGCUUCAAAACAAACAAACUAGCGAUGCCAAGUAAAAGGAAGAGUAAAAGACCGCCAAGAUCGGUGGAGCUGCCAAUGACUUCGAGUCAUCAGACGAGGAGGACGGCCAAGGUCGCGUAGACAUUGGUGUAGGCAAAGUAAAGGAUAUCAAGGAAGUUUAAAAGCAAAAGAAAAUCGCUUAGGACGCCAAGUAGCAAUCUGAUUUCAAAUGGGAGAGCAUGGGUGGAGCACAAAAAUCAAGUGCUGCUGCUCAGCAAACUACUGCUGCAACUUAGCAGCAAGAUGUAAAGAAAAAAACCGCUGCCGACAUCACUUUCGGCAAGAAUACUAGAUUCCAAGUUCAAAGGAAAGACAAAGUCGUCAAUAAUUAAGGCGACUUCCCAGAGCUAGGAGAUGUCAAGGUCACUGAACAACCCAAGUUCGUGAAGGAAGAAAUCAAGUAGCAGCCAAUAUAGAAAUAGGAGGAGAAAAAGGAUCCAGUGAGACCGACAUUCAAAAAGCAGGAUAAGAAGCCAUAAUAGGAGGAAGAAAAAUAACCCGUGCCUCAAUAUAUUCCCCAAGUUAUUAAACAGCAAACCCCAGUUGUUGUUUAAGAAGAGGAGAAGAAGGAAUAGGAAGAAGGACCAAAGCAGAGACCAGUAUUUAAGGGAACCUUGAAGAAUAUUUUGAGUACAAAUUUAGAGGCUAACGCAGAAUUAAAUAAAAAUCUCCCAGAACUAUAAGAAAAAUUAAAGAAAGAAAUAAAAAUUCACGAGGCUAAACCCCCUAGAAAAGAUAAGAUUGAGGAAAAGAAAGCAGGUGAUGACGAUGAUGAAUUUGAGAGUGUUGAGGAGAAGAAGAGAGAUUAAGGAGCCAAGAGAGGUGGCAGAGAUGGAAACCACCGUGGAGGUGCCAGAGGUGGCAGAGGAGGCCACAGAGAGACUGGUGACAGAAAUGGCUCGGAAAGAGAUUUCAGUGAAAAUAAUGACAGUGCAGCUGCAGGGGUUCAUCAUGAUAAGCCAAGACAUAGCGACAAGCCAAAGGGCGAGAAGAAGCCACACAAGGAGGGUAAAGAAGAUAAACCAAAGAAGCGACCAGUUGAAGAGAGACCAGACAUCUUAGUCAACGAGCAAGUCGAGACCAAGUAGUUCGUAGGAUGGGAUAAGCUUUUUUGA